AUGGGUCGCGCAGAGCGCCGGAAGGGCGCCGCACACGAGUCUGAGGACUUCCCGGACAACUGGGCACCCAAUAUCUGGUCACAGGCACAAGUGCUGCCUGGAGAGCCAGGGAAUGGCCCAAUGGUGUACAGCACAGAUGAGUUCUUGCUGAUGCAGUUGGAGCAGCGAGAGGGAGAGGAGACGCAGUGCGACGAGAAAAACUUCGAGACGUUCGGCGACUACGACUACCAACAAGGCGACUGGAACGCUGAGCAUAUGUUCAGGAAGAAUGAGCGGCUUCUGGUCCAAAAGCGAGUUUGGAGGGCUGGCGUAGCAGAUCCCGGCACCAAAGUUGGCCGCAACAAGAUGGGCCCUGCGACUGAAGAGUCUGAGCUGAGCCGCACUCUCGCAAGCCGCCUGCCU